AUGUCGCCAAAGAGUAUCGGCCUCAUCUUGGCGAGUAUCAGAACCGACUUCAAAUUUCCCAUGACUUUCCCAGACCGUGUCACAGUUUUGCAUAAGCUGGUCACGAAGCCGGAUUACAGCUCUGACCGCUUCUACUUGGAAGCCGUCAUGUACUCCGAGCAGCAAAGACGACCGGCGGCGAAAUGCUUUGAAGAUAUCGUGGUCUACGAUUACAGAGCGGCCAAGAAGGCACCGUUGAAGCCUUUCAUGGUUGAUGAGUUGCAGGCAACCUAUGAUCUACAAGAACAGAGGAAGAAGGAAGCUGAGAAAAAGGUAGCCGAGCUACAAGCAUUUGUUCAACAGGUAGAGGACAGCGCUGGUGCUGCAUAG